UCCUUGGAGAAGGUACUCAGAGGGAUUUAAGUUUCCUCUUAGUGAGCUCUUCUGCUCUGGAUCUCUCUGUCUCAUCCUGCUCUUUCUCCGUCUGAUCUUCAUCCCCUCAUAGCAGCAGCAGCCAUGUCUGUCAAAACUAUUACAACCUACUCUACCAGCGGUGGAAGCAUCAGCGGCGGCGGCGGCAGUUCAGGUGGAGGAAUCAGGAAGACCUUCUCAAGCAUGUCUGCUAGUGCAUUACCCAUUGGCGGCAGAAUGAGCUCCGUGUCAUUCCGUCGUGGCGGUGGUGGCGGCGGCUUUGGCCAGUCAAGCUACAGCUACAGCUCUGGUGGCGCCGGCAGCGGCUAUGCCGGAGGUCUCGGAGGAGGUUUCGGAGGUGGAGGAUUCGGAAGUGGUUCUGGAUAUGGCGGUGGUCACGGCGCUGGAUUCGGUGGUGGAUACGGUGGUGGAUACGGCAGUGGUCUCGGUGGUGGAUUCGGCAGUGGAUACGGCCUUGGUUUGGGCGGUGCACCUGGUGGAGUGUUCCCUGGUUCAGCACCCAUCACAGCUGUCACAGUCAACCACAGCCUCCUCGCCCCACUGAACCUAGAAAUCGACCCCAACAUCCAGGCUGUCCGCACCCAGGAGAAAGAGCAGAUCAAGACCCUCAACAACCGCUUCGCUUCCUUCAUUGACAAGGUGCGCUUCCUGGAACAGCAGAACAAAGUACUCGAGACAAAAUGGAGUUUACUGCAGGACCAGACCACCACCCGUUCAAACAUCGACGCCAUGUUCGAGGCCUACAUCAGCAACCUGCGCAGACAGCUUGACGGACUUGGCAGUGAGAAGAUGAAGCUGGAAGGAGAGCUGAAGAACAUGCAGAAUUUGGUAGAGGACUUUAAGAACAAAUACGAAGAUGAAAUCAACAAGCGUGCCGCAGUGGAGAACGAAUUUGUCCUGCUCAAGAAGGACGUUGACGCUGCCUACAUGAACAAGGUUGAGCUUGAGGCCAAGGUUGAUUCUCUUCAGGAUGAAAUCAACUUCCUCAGGGCCAUCUUCGAGGAGGAGCUGCGUGAACUCCAGGCACAGAUCAAAGACACAUCAGUCAUUGUGGAAAUGGACAACAGCCGCAACCUGGACAUGGACGCCAUCGUUGCUGAGGUCCGUGCACAGUACGAGGACAUCGCCAACCGCAGCCGUGCCGAGGCUGAGUCAUGGUACAAACAGAAGUUCGAGGAGAUGCAGUCAAAUGCUGGCAGAUACGGAGAUGACCUUCGCAGCACCAAGGCUGAGAUCGCUGAGCUCAACCGCUUGAUCAGCAGACUUCAGAAUGAAAUUGAAGCUGUCAAGGGACAACGUGCCAACCUGGAAGCUCAGAUUGCUGAGGCUGAGGAGCGUGGAGAAAUGGCAGUGAAGGAUGCCAAGCUCCGCAUUAAGGAACUGGAAGAGGCCCUGCAAAGAGCAAAGCAGGAUAUGGCGCGCCAGGUGCGUGAGUACCAGGAGCUCAUGAACGUCAAACUGGCCUUGGACAUUGAGAUUGCCACCUACAGGAAGCUUCUGGAAGGAGAGGAGUGCAGGAUUGCUAGUGGUGGCGCCGCAGCAACCAUCCACAUCCAGGAAACAAGUGUCAGCGGUGGUGGCGGCGGCGGCGGCGGCUACGGAUUCGGUGGUGGUGCUGGAUUCGGUGGUGGUGCUGGUGGAUUCGGUGGUGGCGCUGGUGGAUUUGGUGGUGGCGCUGGUGGAUUCGGCGCUGGUUCCGGAAUCGGACUCGGAGGUGGCAGUGGCUUCAGCAGUGGCAGCGGCUUCGGAUAUGGUGGUGGCUCAGGGAUUUCCAUUGGAGGUGGUGGCGGCCAGAUCUCAGUGUCCCGCUCCUCUGUGGUGCAGAGCCAGAAGCGCCGCUUGUAAACCAGAAACAUCCACCCAGUUCCCCGCUCCCAAACAUCAUCUACCACCUGGGCAACUCCUUUCUUUUUCACUCCACACUUCAAUGCUUCACACCUUUUCGAUGUGUUUAACCCCCCAAAACCAACGCGACCCAAAGAGACUUUCAUGUCAAAGUGUUAUAUCUAAACGGCUUUUCACACUCACUGUGUUGUUUUUGAUAUUUGUUUUUUCCUCUUGGCAUCGCUCCUCGUCCUUAAGGGGAUGCACGAUGAAAAAGGAGCUAAUGAGACAGACAAAGCAUGGAGCCCAAGUACUUUUUCAGGGUGGAUAGCUUUUGUUGCUCUGUGUUACGACAUGCAUGUAUUAAACAAACAAAACUAAUUCUGUUUCAGCUGAUUCAGAAUUCUGCAGCACUACAACGAGCAUUGUUAAUGCCUCUGCUGCAUAUACAUAGUGCAACAAAAUCUACUCAUCUGACAUUGUACUGCCUUUAGAGAGGGGUAACUGUGAGGGAAAUCUCAGUUAUUACCCAACCUUUACUUUACCUUUUCCUGAUUUUGGAUGAUGGGCUGAUGAGCUGUCCUUAUGUCAAAAUUGUUGUAUUCAUCGAGCCAUGUACCACAUGGAAACACCAAUAAAUCAGGGUUGCAAAAAAUUA